UGUCCCUGGGACACAGCAAAUCACCGAUCUGCGGAAAGAGCUGAUGAAGUCGGCUCUUUCAUGUGAUUAGCUGUGUCCAAUCACAGCUGAUCGCAUUUUUACAGUGCCCUGAUGAUCAGUGUAUCCCCAUCAGUGCCACCUGUCAGUGCCCAUCAAUGCCACCUGCCAGUGCCCAUCAGUGCCACAUCAAUGCCACAUAUCAGUGCCUACCAGUGCAUAUCAGUGCCCAUCUGAGCUGCCUUUCAGUGCCAACUAUCAGUGCCAGUCAGUGCUGCCAAUCAGUGCCACGUAUCAGUGCCAGUCAGUGCUGCCAAGCAGUGCCACCAACCAGUGCGCAUCAGUGCUGUCUAACA